AUGGCAACGUGGAUGUCUAACGAGGGUCUUGGAGCCAGAGAGUCAAUCUCAGAAGCUCAUAUGCUAGUGACCGAGCUCUACAACCCAGCAAACCAGCGAGACCCCGCCAAGAUUAAUGAGAUUCAGGCACGCCUUCAGCAACUUCAGAAAACUGAACAUGCCUGGGUGAUUGCCGAUUCCCUUCUGCAAAGUGAACACUCGGCCCAGAAUCGUUUCAUGGGAGCUCUCACCUUUACAGUAAAGAUCAAUGUCUCAUGGAACGGACUCGACGAAAGCAGCGCGACGGAAAUCAUGCAGCACCUGAUCAAUCGGUUCGUUCAUAUGGUCAACAAGGACGAACAAGGAAUGGUUGUGCGGAAGCUUGCCUCAAGCUUAGUGGCGAUUUUCAGACACCCUGUCACGCCCUGGAAACAAGCUGUGUGGCAGUUGGCUGCAAGCCUCGUGCAUGGUGGGUACGUAUCCGAAGAAUUGGCCAGAGGCGUGGAUUUCCAGGAACGUAUACUGCCGGAGCUGAACCAAAAUGGAUCGGCUGCACUUCUGUUCUUUUCAAUUGCACUUGCUGAAGAGGCACUUCGGUUGGAUUCCGAGCCUCAGGAAGGGGCUGCAGACACCUCCGCUCUCCAGCGAGCUUUGUUGAACAUCAAGGAUGGGCUGCUUCUAGUCCAAUUCGUUCUUAAUGGCAUGAUGCAGCAUGCGCAAACAGCUGGAGAUGAUGCGGUUGAUGUGGCACUGGGUGCCGAAGCUAUGAGCUCAUGGAAGACGUGGCUGGGUGUUCAUGGAAAUCGCCAGCGCUCUACUGCUGAAGAUGUCAACGUAUUGGCUGUCGUAUGCGGGAAGACUGUCAUCGGGACACUGCGGGUACCUAGCUUGAGUGAGACGGCAGCUUCCACUUUGACUCAAGCCUUUGAAAGCCGCCGCUGGGCCUUUGAUGAUGACUCGCUACAUCUCAUCGCUGGAAUUCUCGCUGAUUCAAUCGUAACAGCGCAUAUUGUAGCAGUGAGCAAUGGCGACGAAGGUGUUGAGAGUAUGUCUUUCGUCGACCUUCUAAUAGCCUAUGUCUCACAUCUGCACUUGGAUGUGUUCAGCGACCCCAUGUCGCCACAAAAUGAAGCAAUUCUUCUCCUUGUUCACAGGAUAUUCAAGACCCCGGGCUAUGCAUCUAUUGACGAUCUCGGGACCCCACGCGUCUUGGAGUUUUGGAACGAUAUCGCCGAGAGCCUUCCCGACCAACUUGAGCCCGAUAGCCCAAGAUAUGGAUUGAUCAAAUCCCAUUUGGCUGAGGUGGUCAUGAGUGUCUCCAACAAACUUUUAUACCCCACAGCCGAGGAUUUGGAGGAUUGGAGUGACGAAGAGCGCAGUGAGUUCGGCGCUUUCCGCCACGAGGCCUGUGAUUACUUGCUUUCAGCAUACCCAAUCAUGGGCGUCGAGCUGGUGACCGUCUUCCAGAGAAGCGCAACGUCCCACCUUCAAGGUGAGGAUUGGCGCAAUUUCGAGACUGCCAUGUUUUGUAUAGCCCAGCUUUCGGAAGCUGUGGACGAGAAUGGUCAUGCAGACCAGUGUCUGGAUGCCAUAUUUGGCAGCGAUGCUUUUUCCAGGCUUUGUGCCGGUGGUGAGACUGGAAUACCACUCAAAGCUCGUCAGACUUUGGUUGAUUCAUUUGGAAAGUAUGAAUCAUACUUUGAGCGCCACAGUUCACUACUACCAGGUGUUCUCAACAUUCUCUUUGAAUCUCUCAACUUUGAACUUUGCGCUCAGGCAGCUUCUAGGUCCAUCCUGACUCUCUCAAAAUCCUGCGCUCGCGUCUUGACCUCGGAUCUGCCCGCAUUCUUAGACCAACUAGAUCAAUUUAGAAGCAAACCAACAGCCACUGCCUCUACAAUGCCCAAGGUGCUGGAAGGUAUUGCGACCAUCAUACAGAACCUGCAUGCCGACGUGGAAAAAGUCCAAACACUUGAGAGAAUUCUCGGCUUUUUUGUCCAGGAAGCUAAUACAGCACGCGAGGAAGUUACUGGUCCUGCUCAUGAACAUGGUCGUCUACGCGCACACCUUGUCUUGAGCUGCAUUGCCAGUAUCGGAAAAGGCCUUCGCUCGGAAACCGAAACCGUCAACAUCGACGAUGUGCAAGAUGAGAGUCCCUAUCCUCCAUCAUUCUGGAAUUCAGGGCCAGGCGCCGAAUCUCAGCGUUUGAUCAUGGAAACGAUGAGGCUUCUCAUCGUCGAGUUCCCCGUGGACAACGGCAUCAUCGAAGCAGCUUGUGAUAUCUUGAAGGCUGGUUAUACAGAGCGGGCAGGCCUCUUUGUAUUCCCACCCUCGAUGACAGUAGACUUUAUCAAGAGCUUCCCCCUCGGUAUCUCAGGCACAGAUGUCAUCAUGGCGACUGCAUCGUCAUUCUUGGCAUCUCACUCUUCCCACGCGAUGAAUAUCCGCAAUGAAGCCGAGGCACUGAUUGAACACGUCGCUCGACUGUUUUCUUCAAUGCUCCAGAACCCAGACAUGUACGACCCCGAGACUGCCAAUGCCGGCAUUGACUUCUUAGCCCGUCUCUUGCCGAACUACUACCCUAUCCUAUUGACUCCCAUGAAGUCCGACCAGAGUACCGAGUCCCCUCUCGUCGUGCUUCUCCACUUCACACUUCACGCAUUAACACGUCCCGAGCCACUUCCAUUGCGAUCUGCAUCCGCAUUCUGGGUCGCAUUGAUCGAUCUCCGCGGCACAUCCCCCGAAGCAAUGAACAUCAUCGACUCAGUCCAUCAAGAAUUCGUUCCCCGGCUAUGCUACACAAUCAUCCAACAGAUAGCAGGCCAAUGUGCAAGAUCAGACCUCGUCUCUUUGAGCGAUGCCCUACGCCGUACCAUUUUUAAGAAAAUGGGACUAGCACGGCCGGCCCUAAAAGCCGCGCUUGAGACCUUGAAUGCCCAGAUCACAGAUCCAAAUGGUCAGCGAGUGCCGCUUCUAUCAGCACAGGAUAAAUCCCGGUUCUUAGAGUCCCUUGUUAUUGCUCGAGGUGCGCAGAAGCCGUCCUUAGACCUUGUUAGAGCCUUCUGGCUAAAGUGUCGCGGGAUGAACUUCGAUUAUGCACAGUGA